GCCAUGAGGGGCCUUCCAUGCUCACCGCUGCCCGUGUUGCUGCUCCUUCUCCAGCCCUGGGAAACCCAUCUCUGGUUUGAAGGUCCCAGGUGCCGCACUGGGCCCCUGGAUUUGGUGUUUGUGAUUGACAGCUCGCGCAGCGUGCGCCCCUUCGAAUUUGAGACCAUGAGACAAUUCCUGGUGGGCAUCCUCCGCGGCCUGGACUUGGGGCCCAACGCCACCCGCGUCGGCGUGAUCCAGUACUCGAGUCAAGUGCAGAGCGUCUUCCGACUCGGCGCUUUCUCGCGCCGCGAGGAUAUGGAGCGCGCCAUCCGCGCUUUGGUGCCGUUGGCGCAGGGCACCAUGACCGGGCUGGCGAUCCAGUACGCCAUGAAUGUGGCCUUCAGCGUGGCCGAAGGCGCGCGUCCGCUAGAGGCGCGCGUGCCGCGAGUGGCUGUCAUCGUGACCGACGGGCGGCCCCAGGACCGGGUGGCGGAGGUGGCAGCGCAGGCGCGGGCCCGCGGCAUCGAGAUCUAUGCGGUAGGGGUGCAGCGCGCGGACGUGGGCUCCCUGCGCGCCAUGGCGUCCCACCCGCUGGACGAGCACGUCUUCCUGGUUGAGUCCUUCGACCUUAUCCAGGAGUUCGGCCUGCAGUUCCAGGGCCGGCUGUGUGGAAAGGAUCUGUGUGCUGAGGGGGCACAUGGCUGCCAGCACCAGUGUAUCAGCUCCCCGGGCACGUUCCACUGCGCCUGCCACCCCGGCUACCAGCUAGCAGCAGAUAACAAGAGCUGCUUGGCCAUCGACCACUGCCGCUUCGGGAACCACAGCUGCCAGCACGAGUGCAUUAGCACCCCUGAUGGGCCACGGUGCCGCUGCCGAGAGGGCCACGACCUGCUGCCUGACGGCAGGAGCUGUCAGGCCCGGGACCUUUGCAAUGGCGUAGACCAUGGAUGCGAGUUCCAGUGCGUGAGCGAGGGCCUCACCUACCACUGCCUGUGCCCGGAUGGGCGGCAACUCCAGGCAGAUGGCAAGAGCUGCAGCCGGUGUCGGGAAGGCCACGUGGACCUGGUUCUGCUGGUCGACGGCUCCAAGAGCGUGCGCCCGCAGAACUUCGAGCUGGUGAAGCGCUUUGUGAACCAGAUCGUGGACUUCCUGGACGUGUCCCCCGAAGGCACGCGCGUGGGGCUGGUGCAGUUCUCGAGCCGGGUCCGCACUGAGUUCCCGCUGGGCCGCUAUGGCACGGCGGCCGAGGUGAAGCAGGCGGUCCUGGCUGUGGAGUACAUGGAGCGCGGGACCAUGACCGGGCUGGCGCUGCGCCACAUGGUGGAACACAGCUUCUCUGAAGCGCAGGGCGCGCGGCCCCGCGUCCUCAACGUGCCCCGCGUGGGCCUGGUCUUCACCGACGGCCGCUCCCAGGAUGACAUCUCAGUGUGGGCGGCGCGCGCUAAGGAGGAAGGCAUCGUCAUGUACGCCGUGGGCGUGGGCAAGGCCGUGGAGGAGGAGCUGCGUGAGAUCGCCUCAGAGCCCGCGGAGCUGCACGUGUCCUACUCCCCUGACUUCAGCACCAUGACGCACCUGCUGGAGAACCUCAAAGGCAGCAUCUGCCCCGAGGAGGGCAUCAGCGCCGGGACAGAGCUUCGGAGUCCUUGUGAAUGCGAAAGCCUCGUGGAGUUCCAGGGCCGCACGCUGGGGGCGCUCGAGAGUCUGACCCAAAACCUCGCCCAGCUGACGGCGCGCCUGGAGGAUCUGGAGAACCAGCUAGCCACGCAUAUGUGA